UGAUCCCUUGAUUUGAUGAACUUUCCGUACCAUAAAGAAACCUAUGAUCUCAUUCUUAGCUUUAAACAUUCGAGUUCGUUAUUCGUUUGUUUUUCUCAUUCACUUCACUCUGUAAAUUGGUUUUCCUUCCAUGGCUUCUUCAAUUCGUCCAUCACUCUCUUCCAUCAAGUUACCCUCCCUCUCCUCUUGCAACCCUUCUCAAAAGAUCUCUCUUUUUUAUCUCGGCACCGGAGUUAGACAGUUUCGUAAUUUUGGCCUGAUAGCUUCUAGGUUUCUGAGACGUGAUGAAAACUGCAUGGGAGUGAUGGCAUCAGGGAGCAUGUCCCCAGCUGCUACACAGGAAAAUGUACUAGAUUGGGUCAAACAUGACAAGAGAAGAAUGCUUCAUGUUGUGUAUCGUGUUGGUGACCUAGACAAGACCAUAAAAUUUUAUAAAGAGUGUCUAGGAAUGAAGUUGCUCAGACAACGUGAUAUGCAAGAACAGAGAUAUACCAAUGCCUUUCUUGGAUAUGGGCCUGAGGAUGCACACUUUGUUAUUGAACUUACAUACAAUUAUGGGAUUGACAAGUAUGACAUUGGAGAUGGAUUUGGCCAUUUUGGUCUUGCUGUUGAUGAUAUUUCAAGAAUAGUGGAACUUGUUAGAGCUAAGGGUGGGAAAAUUACUAGAGAGCCUAGUCUUGUCAAGGGAGGCAACUCAAUAGUUGCAUUUAUCGAAGAUCCUGAUGGUUAUCAAUUUGAACUUUUGGAAAGGACUCCCUCUCCGGAGCCUUUGUGCAAAGUAAUGCUUCGAGUGGGCAAUCUUGAUCGUUCCAUUAAAUUUUAUGAGAAGGCUUUUGGUAUGGAGCUACUUCGAACACAAGAUGAUCCAGAAUCCAAGAAUACAAUAGCAAUACUGGGUUAUGGUCCAGAGGAAAAAAAUGCUGUACUGGAGUUGACUUACAACUAUGGAGUCACACACUAUGAAAAAGGAGAUGCUUAUGCUCAGAUUGCAAUAGGCACAAAUGAUGUGUACAAAACUGCAGAAGCAAUUAAACUUGCAGGAGGGAGGGUUACUAGGGAACCUGGACCAGCACCUGGUGUAAGGACAAAGAUCACAUCAUGUGUGGAUCCUGAUGGAUGGAAAACUGUUUUUGCAGAUAAUGUUGAUUUUCGUAGGGAGUUGGAGUAGUUUUUGAGUUAUCAUGGCAAUUUUGGGAGACUUAAUAUCAAAUGGUAUUCUUUGUUGAAAUUAUUUGAGUCAGUUAAUGUAUGAUACACAAGUCCAUUUUUUUGUAGAUGAUGAAAUAAUGACUGUACAAAUGACCCUUGCAGCAAAUAUCUUCAGCUUUAUAUAAUUUCAAUGACACUCUGAUUUUGGCAAUAACACGAUGUUUUUCCU